CCUUCGUUCAGGUUAAAGCAGAGGAAGACCCUGUUGCUCUCCUGCAGGCGGCCCAUGCUGCUGCCCUGCCUCCCAAGGUGAAGACUGAGGAACAGAUAGCUGCAGAACAAGCUUGGUAUGGUACAGAAAAAGUGUGGCUGGUUCACAAAGACGGCUUUUCUUUAGCAACUCAGCUGAAGACAGAGGAGGGAACAGUUCCAGAGGGAAAAGUGAAGAUCCGUCUGGAGCAUGAUGGGGAGUUACUGGAAGUGGAUGAGGAUGAUGUGGAGAAGGCAAACCCUCCUUCAUAUGACAGCGUGGAGGACCUAUCAGCCCUUCUUUAUCUUAAUGAAUCCAGCGUCAUGCACUCUCUGCGUCAGCGUUAUGGUGGUAAUCUCUUUCACACGUAUGCUGGGUCCAACCUGGUGGUCAUCAACCCUCUUAGCACUCCGUCCAUGUACUCCGAGAAGGUGAUGCACAUGUUUAAAGGCUGCCGGAAAGAAGACACAGCACCUCACAUCUACGGUGUGGCCCAGGCUGCAUACCGUAAGCUCCUGACCACCCGUCAGGAUCAGUCUGUUGUACUGCUGGGUAAGAGCGGAAGUGGAAAGACCACCAACUGCCAGCAACUUGUGCAGUACCUAGUGACCAUUGCAGGCAGCAACAGCAAAGUGUACUCAGCUGAGAAGUGGCAGGCUGUUUACACCAUCCUGGAAGCCUUCGGGAACUGCAGUACGCCCAUGAACGCCAACGCCAGUCGCUUCUCCCAUAUCGUCUCUCUGGACUUUGACCAAGCCGGUCAGGUGGCAUCAGCUUCAAUCCAGACCAUGCUGCUGGAGAAGAUGAGAGUGGCACGGCGCCCAGAGGCUGAAUCUACGUUCAAUGUUUUUUAUUACCUAAUGGCAGGAGCUGAGGGGUCUCUCAAGACCGAGCUGCACUUCAACCACUUUGCAGAGAACAGUGCAUUCGGGAUCCUGCCUCAGUUGAAGCCUGAGGAGAAGCAGAAGGUCUCUCAGCAGUUCACUAAACUCCAGGCUGCUAUGAAAGUGCUAAGCAUUUCUACAGAGGAGCAAAGGGCAUUCUGGCUGGUGUUGGGCGCCAUCUACCAUCUGGGAGCUGCAGGAGCAACUAAAGCAGGCCGUAAGCAGUUUGCCAGGCAUGAAUGGGCCCAGAAGGCAGCUUAUCUUCUGGGUUGCACCCUAGAAGAGCUCUCAUCCUCAAUCUUCAAACCCCAUGCCAAGGGAACCCUGCCACGAACCUCCAGUGCCCGCCAAGGGGUAGAAGACUCCCUAGACACUGCAGGAUUGAAGGCCACAGCGAUGGAGUGUUUGGAAGCCAUGGCUACUAGUUUAUACUCUGAGCUUUUCACACUCCUCAUCUCCCUCAUCAACAGAGCCCUUAAGUCCAGCCAGCACUCUCUGUGUUCGUUUCUUAUCGUGGACACUCCAGGCUUUCAAAAUCCUCGACAGAUGAAGAGUGAGAGAGGUGCCACCUUUGAGGAGCUCUGUCACAAUUAUGCUCAAGAGCGUCUACAGGCUCUUUUCCACGAGCGCACUUUUGUACAAGAACUGGAACGCUACAAGGAGGAAAACAUUGAGCUUGCACUGGAUGAUGUGGAACCGAGUCCUUCACUGUCUAUUUCUGCUGUAGAUCAGGCAUCCAGCCAAGCACUGGUACGGACGCUGGCUAGGACUGAUGAGGCGAGAGGUUUGCUCUGGUUGAUGGAAGAGGAGGCGCUGCAGCCGGCAGGAUCAGAUGAAACUCUGCUGGAGAGACUUUUUGGCUACUAUGGUCCUGCAGAGGGAGAGAGCAAAGGCCACACGUUGCUGCUGAAGAGUGAGAGGCCGCAACAUUUCUUACUCGCCCACAGCCAUGGCACAGACUGGGUGGAGUACGAUGCACGUGGUUGGUUAAACCAUGCCAGGCAAAACCCCGCCUCACAAAAUGCAGCCAGUUUGCUGCAAAAUUCACAGAAAAAGAACAUCAGCUUGUUGUUCCUGAAUCGUUCCAGCAGUGCCACAGUGCUGUCAGGCUCCAUCGCUGGGUUGGAGGGCAGCUCUCAGCUUGCCCUGCGCCGCGCUACCAGCAUGAGGAAGACCUUCACCACUGGUGUAGCUGCUGUGAAAAAGAAAUCCCUUUGCAUACAGAUCAAGCUCCAAGUGGAUGCUCUGCUUGACACAGUUCGGCGGUCACGGGUUCACUUUGUGCACUGCCUGGUACCCAGGGUAGAUGCUUUACAAAGUUCCAGCUCUGAACUGCAGAACGAGAGCUGUGAUCCGGGACUCAUGCAGCUGGACGUGCCAUUACUGAGAGCUCAGAUCCGUGGAUUAAAACUGCUCGAUGCUCUACGCAUCUACAGACAAGGUUACCCAGACCACAUGGUGUUCUCUGAAUUCCGGCGACGUUUCGACGUCCUUGCUCCACACCUGUCUAAAAAACUUGGACGUAACUACAUUGUGAAGGAUGAGAAGAGGGCGGUUGAAGAACUGCUGGAGUCUCUGGAUUUGGAGAAGAGCAGUUAUCACAUGGGUCUGAGCAGGGUGUUCUUUAGAGCAGGCACCUUGGCUAAAUUAGAGGAACAGAGAGAUGAACAGACCAAGCGCAACAUCACGCUGUUCCAGGCUGCCUGCAGAGGGUACCUGUCCCGCCAGGCCUUCAAGAAGAGGAAGGUUCAGGAUCUGGCCAUCCGCUGCAUCCAGAAGAACAUCAAGAAAAACCGCGGUGUGAAGGACUGGCCCUGGUGGAAGGUCUUUACCAACGUGCAGCCCCUCAUUGAAGUGCAGCUCACCGAGGAGCAGAUCCGAGGCAAAGAUGAGGAACUCCAGCUACUGAAAGCGAAGCUGGAGAAGGUGGAGAAGGAGAGGAACGAGCUCAGACUAAACACAGAUCGGCUGGAAAGUAGGAUCACAGAGAUAUCGACAGAGCUGGCAGAUGAGAGGAAUACCAGUGAGUCAGCAUCUCAGCUGCUGGAGACUGAGACAGCCGAGAGACUUCGCGUGGAGAAGGACAUGAAGGACCUGCAGACAAAAUAUGAUGAAUCGAAAAAGCAAAUGGCUUCAAUGGAAAUGGAGGUGAUGGAAGCACGGCUUUUUAGAACAUCAGAAUUAAACGGCGAGAUUGACGACGAUGACGACACUGGUGGUGAAUGGAAGCUGAGGCAUGACCGAGCUGUUAGAGAAAUAGCGUUCACUAAGAAGAGAUUACAACAGGAGUUUGAUGACAAGUUGGAGACGGAGCAGCAGAACAAGAGAACUCUAGAAAGAAAACUCGCUGACCUGCAGGCAGAUCAUGAUGAGACCCAGCGCUCUGUGCAGCAGGCAAAGAAGAAAUGCCAGAGACUUAUGGCUGAACUGCAGGACACCAAACUGCACAUGGAGAACCAGCAGAGCCGCAACCACGAGCUGGAAAAAAAGCAGAGAAAGUUUGAUUUGGAGCAGAACCAGGCUCAGGAUGAAGUACAGAGAGAGAGGACUCAGCGGGAGAAACUGGCCAGAGAAAAAGAUGUGCUGACUGGAGAGGUGUUUACACUCAGGCAACAACUACAGGAUAAGGAGCUGGAUCUGUGUGGGCUAAAUGUGAAGCUGGAGCAGCUGGAGGCUGAGCUGCAGGAUCUCUCCUCUCAGGAGUCAAAGGACGAAGCAUCACUGGCCAAGCUGAAAAAGCAGCUUCGAGACCUGGAGGCAAAGGUCAAAGAUCAAGAGGAGGAACUGGAUGAACAGGCUGGAACCAUUCAGAUGCUCGAACAGGCUAAGCUACGUCUGGAGAUGGAGAUGGAGAGGCUGAGACAGACACAUUCUAAAGAGAUUGAGAGUAAAGAUGAAGAGGUGGAGGAGAUCAGACAGUCCUGUAGUAAGAAGCUGAAGCAGAUGGAGGUGCAGCUGGAAGAGGAAUACACUGAUAAGCAAAAGGUUCUUAGGGAGCGAAGGGAGUUGGAGAGCAAACUGCUGAGCGCUAACGACCAGGUCGGUCAAAGAGACGUGGAGGCGGAGAGGCGUCUGAAGAAAGAUCUGAAGCGAACCAAGGCUUUGCUGGCUGAUGCUCAGAUGAUGCUUGAUCAUAUGAAAAGCAAUGCGCCAAGCAAGAGGGAAAUCUCACAGCUUAAGAACCAGCUGGAAGAGUCACAGUUUACCUGUGCAGCUGCUGUAAAAGCUCGCAAGUCCAUGGAGCUGGAGAUUGAGGACCUGCACAUACAGAUGGAUGACAUUUCCAAGGCCAAAAUGUCUUUGGAGGAGCAGAUCAGCCGUCUGCAGAGGGAAAAGAACGAUCUGCAGUCUCGUCUGGAGGAGGAUCAGGAGGACAUGAACGAGCUGAUGAAAAAACACAAAGCAGCUGUGGCUCAGUCUACGAGGGAUCUGGCUCAGAUCAGUGACCUGCAGGCUCAGAUAGAGGAAGUCGGAAAGGAGAAGCAAGAGAUUCAAGACAAGCUGCAGUCUCUGCAGAGCCAGCUAGAGUUUCAGGAACAGUCUAUGGUUGAAAAGUCACUGGUCAGCAGACAGGAGGCCAAGAUCCGUGAGCUGGAGACCAAGCUGGAGUUCGAGCGGACCCAGAUUAAACGCCUGGAGACUCUAGUAGCGAGGCUGAAAGAGAACCUGGAAAAAAUUACCGAGGAAAAGGACCAGCGAGUAACCGGUGAGAACCGCGAGAAAGAGCAGAACAAGCGCAUGCAGAGGCAGAUUCUCAACAUCAAGGAGGAGAUGACGGAGCUGGCCAAGAAAGAGGCGGAGGCCAGCCGCAAGAAACACGAACUGGAAAUGGACAUUGAAAGCCUAGAAGCAGCCAAUCAGAGUCUUCAGGCAGACCUCAAGCUAGCCUUUAAGAGGAUUGGUGAUCUGCAGGCGGCCAUCGAGGAUGAGAUGGAGAGUGACGAUAACGAUGAUCUCAUUAACAGUUUGCAGGACAUGGUGACUAAGUAUCAGAAAAGGAAGAACAAAAAUGAUGAUGACUCGGACAUGGACUCAGAGGUUGAGGACCGAGUGGACGGGGUGAAGUCAUGGCUCUCAAAGAAUAAGGGCUCCACCAAGAACCUAUCAGAUGAGGGCAGCAUGAAGGCCCCCAGCUUGAAAUACCCUAAUGCAGCAAAUGCUGAUGUCAAAGACAUAAAAGAAGGGAAAGAGGGUAAAGAAGGGCAGGAAGCAAAAGAUGGCUAUAGAGAUGGCAAAGACACAGUACAAAGUAGGUCAGUCUCUGUGAUGAGUUCACUUAGCUACAGAAAACGUUCCAACCUAAAGGACUCCAUUGGAGGAACCGGGGAUGAGAGUUCCCUCUUUAGUGCGCUAAAGGAGCAACCAGACUCCCUGGAUCGCUCAUCGCUCCGCAAAGCCAAGAACAAGUCCAAUGAUAAAGCUGGAGAAGAUUUUGAUGACCGGAGUUCUGUUAUAUCACAAGCUUACUCUGAGGCUACCAGCAGAGCCAGGAAAGGUCUGGAAAGGCGUUGGACCAAGAGUAGCCCAGAAUUCGACAAGGAGUCUGUUAUUUCCAGCAGAAGUUCUGUUUGUCGUGGACUGGACCAGGACGAUGUUAAGUCCACAAUGAGUGGCUACAGCCUUCGCCGGAGCACUUCAUGGAUGGAUGAUGGUCGAAGCGACUGUGGGUCAGUGGUCAGUCCCAGCUUAAGUCGCCGGUCUAGAGGACAGAGUCCUGGAAGCGCAAGCCUCAGCUCUCGGACCUCACUGGCUCGCAGCAGCCGGCUUAGCGAGUUUGAUCUCAACUUGGGAGAUGAUGAUGAUGCUAAAAGUGUGGCCUUUAGCGAGGGUGGUAUCUCGACCUACAGUCCUCGCUCUCUGGCACGUAGCCUUUCUAGUCCCACUCGGAGUCACUCUGCUGAAGGAGAAGCUCUGGACAGUCCUGAUGUGAAACCAGUCGGCCAUCGCAACUAUCUGGACCCUGAUCUGGAAAAAGCAAUCAAUGAAGUUCUCAGCUUUAAACCGAUCAAGUUCAAGCGGCGCAGUCUGGAAGACUCGGAUGAAGAUCAGGAAAAGGAUGGACCAGGUGAGGAUGACAGGAAAAGCGUAUGCAGCGUGAGAAGUUCCCUGCGAGACGACGACGAUGAUACCGGUAAAAGCUGGAGAUCAUCCAGUCUUCAGCGCUCUGCAUCUGGAUCUGCAAUAGACUACGGACGAUCCUCAAGCAGUUUAAGUUCUCGCAGCAGGAGUAGCAGUCAGAAAUCCAGGAAAAAGAAAAGCCGAGAUUCAGAAUCAGAGAGCUCUUCGGGUAAGGAACACAGGAGGAGCUCAAAGAAGAAAAGCAAGAAGAGAUCUAAGAAAGGAAGGAAGAAGGAGAGUGAAUCAGAAUCGUCCGAAUCAGAAUCUUCCGACUCAUCCUCCAGUUCCAGCUCGACUGUCUCCUACCGAAGUUCAAGCAGUGUCAAGAAAAGCCCAGGACGAGGAGCACUGGGAUCAGACGAGGAAAGAGAUCCAGAUGGUCUGGCAGAGGAGAGACCUCUGAACAAGAAGGAGGAGAAGAAGAAGAAAAAGAAAACGGACAGUGUUAUGAUGAAGUAUCUCUACAGGCCUGAUAGUGAUUAAAACAGGCAGCAGCCCCCCUGUCUACAGGAGACACCUGAUUAAUAAGGUUGAGGAAGAGAAAGAUCUUCAGCAGACCAUUGUUGCUGAUGGUCAA